GUCGGCCGGCGGCACGGCCCAGGCCUUCUCCCGGCGUGCGUCGGCUCUGCCGGCGGCAGAGGAAUUCUGGGUAACGACCGUGGCCAGCCGGGCGGCUGGCUCCGCCCAGCAGGUUCUACUCACGCCGGAGCAGUUGGCGGUGGCGGUUGUCGGGCCCGGAGCAGCGGGACAUGGAGCAGCCGUGGCCGCCGCCGGGCCCCUGGAGCUUCCCGAGGACUGACGGGCAGGCCGAGGAGGAGAGCGACUUGGACGUGUCCCCCUCUUCGUCCCACUACCCGCCGGUGCCUGGCGGCGGCGCCCAGAUGUAUAGCGAUGGGAUUGAGCUGGCUUGCCAAAGGCAGAAAGAAUUUGUGAAGAGCUCUGUGGCGUGCAAAUGGAAUCUUGCUGAAGCCCAGCAGAAACUUGGCAGCUUAGCACUGCAUAACUCUGAGUCCUUGGAUCAGGAACAUGCCAAAGCACAGACCGCAGUGUCAGAACUGAGACAGCGAGAAGAAGAAUGGCGACAGAAAGAGGAGGCUCUGGUCCAAAGAGAGAGGAUGUGUCUGUGGAACAUGGAUGCCAUUAGCAAAGAUGUUUUUAAUAAGAGUUUUAUUAAUCAAGAUAAAAGAAAAACAGAAGAUGAAGAUAAAUCGCAAUCAUUUAUGCAGAAAUAUGAGCAAAAAAUUCGACAUUUUGGUAUGUUGAGUCGGUGGGACGAUAGUCAGAGAUUUCUGUCUGACCACCCAUACCUUGUAUGCGAAGAAACUGCUAAAUAUCUUAUUUUAUGGUGUUUUCACCUGGAAGCUGAGCAGAAAGGUGCUUUAAUGGAACAAAUAGCACAUCAAGCAGUGGUAAUGCAGUUUAUCAUGGAAAUGGCCAAAAACUGUAAUGUGGAUCCAAGAGGCUGUUUUCGUUUGUUUUUCCAGAAAGCCAAAGCAGAGGAAGAAGGUUAUUUUGAAGCAUUCAAAAAUGAACUUGAAGCUUUCAAGUCAAGAGUAAGACUUUAUGCCCAAUCACAGAGCUUUCAAUCUGUGACAGUUCCGAAUCAUGUUCCCCAUUCUAGUGUUGGAUGCAUAGGCUCCUUAGACUCCUUAUCACAGAAUCCAGAUUAUCUUCAGUGUUCUGUGAGCACAGCCCUCUGCAGUUUAAACUCAGAGGCACAGAAAGAAGACGAGGACAGAAUGAUGGACACUGUGUGAUUCAGUUAGGACUGCUGAGGCCAAGGACUAUUUUGUUACAAGAAGGAAGAGCUUGGCUAUUUUCUUGACACUUUUAUGGGUGCUGCACUUUAUUUUGUUCAAUUUUUGAUGGGAGGGAAAAGAGUACUGAAAUGUUUUGCGACUUUUUUUAUGUGCUGCUAGGGUUUUUGUUGUUUUGUUUUGUUUCUGAAGGGAGGAGCGGUACCAUAUGUUGCAGGAAGUCAAACUGGACUCUUCCCCCACCCCUCAGUUACUAAAUUUGCCUUUAACUGUUGUUAAUUUUGGAAUCAAAGUAUGAAAAUCUGCACAAUGCAAUGUUUACAAGACUGGUUGACCGAGGAGGCAUCUGCUACAGAGUUGUAACGCGGAUACGUACAUGUCCCGUUUCACGGAGAGAAUUAAAGAGAACAGUGUGCUUGUGUCCCACUGCAAA